AUGUUAGGCGCUCAUCUGAAAAACCUGGCAGCUUACUUUAUAAGAUAUGAUAAGAAGGGUGUAUAUUGUAAAACAGUUGGACCUCAUGAGAUAUUAAACGUAAAAUCGAAAAUUUCGGCUCUGAAGGGUGGUUAUUCAUCAUCAUCAGACAUCAACGAUGAAUCAACAAAUUCAGUACAAAAUCAGUCCACAUCAAGCAUAGAAAAUAUUGAAGAUAAUAUGAAUUUUUAUUUAAUUAUUCAUCUAAAUCCUUUAAUCUCAUCACUACAACAAUUUUUAUGUUCUGAAUGCAACAAUUUAUGGGAUGGAUCUGUAUCUGUUAAAGAACGAAAUGGAUUGUACAUGCAACUUGAAUUUAAAUGUCAUAGUUGUGGAUUUCUCACUCGUUUAUGUUCAUCACCACAAAUACCAAAUAGUAGACGUCAUGAUAUAAAUGUUCGAUUAGCGAUUGGUGGUACUUUAUGUGGUUUAGGUCGUAAUGGAUUAAUGAAAUUACUAGGUGCUUUAAAUCUACCACCACCAGUGCAGGAACAAAAGUAUCGUGAAGCACAAGAAUUUAUUUUAAAUUAUGUGGAAAAAGCUCAAGAACCAUCAGUGAUAGCUGCCGUUGAAGAAGCAGUCGUUGAAGCUGGUGGUGUACGAAAUUUAACAAUAAGUGGAGACGGUGCGUGGCUCACUCGAGGAUUUUCCAGCGUUCAUGGAAUCUCAGCUUUGUGUUCAACAACAACACGUCCAAAAAUUGUAGAUACUGAUUGGUGUUCUAAAAAGUGCUCUAAAUGUCAAGGGGCAGAAAGUCUACGUCAUGUCAGUUCUGAUCUAUUUCGUACUUUUCAGGAGAACCAUGAAUGUCAAUUGAAUUAUACAGCACGUGUGUUAGGUGGUGGCUCUCAAAAUGCCAACGAGGCUUUCCACUCAUUAUUGUGGACCAUGGUCUCUAAGCAUCGUUACUGUUCGUCAACAAUUCUCCGUAUUGCAUUGAGCCUAUCGACAAUCAUUUACAACGAUGGCUAUGAUUCUUUAGAUAAAUUAUUUACAAGCAUCUUCUCGUCUAUGGGUUAUUAUUCUGCUCAAUGUUUCAGUCGACUUGAUGAAGUGAGGAAAUCUUUUACUUCGAAAGUGGAAAAAAGACGUUUAAAACGAGCAAAAACAACAAGAACUGCUGCUACUAAUAUCUCUUCAAGCGAAAGUGAUGAUGAAAUUCCAUUUGUCCUAAAUCUAAAUGAUGAUAGUUUUGGUGAUAUUUCUAAUAAUUUAAACGCAUUGAACCUGUCGGAAAAUGACGCAUGCAGUGAUUAUGAAUCGGGAGGCGAUGAUUAG